AUGAUAUCCAAGUUAGCUGUUACAUUGGCAAUUGUUCUAAGUGUGUCCGUCCAUCUUGGACGCGGCCAGAGCGUAGCGUGUCCUGCCUUAUGGGCUCCUAUUUGCGGAAGUGAUGCUGUAACCUAUGCCAACAAGUGUCUCUUCGAGCAUAACGCAAAAUCCCAUGUCAGAAUUAUCCAUUACGGCACUUGCGAAGAAGGAUAUCCGAUCUGCACCGAAGAAUACCUACCGAUCUGCGCCUCCAAUGGUAAAACGUACGACAACCCAUGUGUUUACCAGUACGCAUCAUUGUCGGACUCUGCAAUAACAUUUGUCAAGUGGGGAGAAUGCGACAAUGUCGCCGGUGACUUUGCCAGGCAAAAGAAUCCACUUGUGUGCGGCUCGGAUGGACAGUUUUAUACUUACGAAGGUUUCGUAAAGGCGCUGCUGGAAAAUCCCGAUUUGAAGAUCGUGAAUUUCAAAAUUUGUUUUCUUAAACAGAUCGAUCAGCCCAUAAUCACAAUUCCAAUUGUUAAGCCACCAUUAGAAAAAUACUAA